AAAACAAAUAGGUAUUAAUGUGGUAUAAAUUUUUUGUAAGAUAAAAAUGCGGACUAAAUUUUUAUAUAAGUAUUUAAAAAUACAUAAGCGUUACUCGUCGCAAAUUGCGAAGAAAUGGCAAAGUGUCGUGGGGUUAGAAGUUCACGCUCAGCUAAAUACAGAAUCAAAGUUAUUCUCCGGCGCCCAAAAUACUUUUGGAGGAUUAGUUAAUAACUGUGUGUCCCUAUUUGAUGCUGCUAUACCUGGCACAUUACCCGUACUUAAUAGAAAAUGCGUUGAACUUGGUGUGUUAGCUGCAUUAGCCUUUUCAUGUCGAGUUAAUGAAGUCUCUAGUUUUGAUAGAAAACAUUAUUUCUACGCUGAUUUGCCUGCAGGGUAUCAAAUAACACAACAAAGAGCUCCUUUAGCUAAUGAUGGUGUUAUUAAUUUUCAGGUAUAUACACCAGGAGUUCAUAAAAAGCCAUAUAACAAAAGCUCAAUGAUUAAACAAAUACAGUUGGAGCAAGAUAGUGGUAAAUCACUUCAUGACAUAGAAUUAAAACAAAGUCUUGUUGAUCUCAAUAGAGCUGGUGCGCCACUUAUAGAAAUUGUAUUUGAACCAGAUUUAGAGGAUGGAGAAGAAGCUGCAGCGUUAGUCAAGGAAUUGGUAUUAAUUGUACAACGCCUGGGCGUAUGUUCUGGUCGUAUGGAAGAAGGUGCUCUGAGAGUAGAUGCUAAUGUUUCUAUACGAAGAGAAGGUGAUCCACUAUCAACACGGACUGAGAUAAAAAAUAUCGGAUCCAUUCGUGGCGUGGCCAGUGCGGUCCGUUAUGAGAUUGACCGACAGCAGUCAGUACUCGAAGAUGGUGGGAGUAUUAUCAACGAGACCAGAAUGUGGGAUGCCGCUGCGAAGGUCACAGUGCCAAUGCGAGACAAGGAAGUGGUCCAGGAUUACAGAUAUAUGCCUGAGCCCAAUUUACCACCACUCCGUGUGAAUUUAACGACAAGAGAAGAGACACAAGACAUCAUAAGCGUACCAUUAAUCAGCGAUAGAAUACCAGAAUUACCAGCAGAAUCAAGAACGAAAUUGAUCGAAACACAUGAUCUCCGCCCAGAAAUAGCAAUACAACUCGUCAACGAACCGACUUUGUUUGAUUUCUUUAACAAUUUGAUGAACAAAAAGAGAAAUCCAACAAAAGUCGCCAAUCUCUUAUUAAACGAUCUCCUGACUGUACUUAAUAAACGGAAAAUCGAUGUUAAUAAUUGUACCAUAAACAACGAGCAGCUAGACGAACUAACCGACUUGCUUCUAGAAAAGAAAAUUAACUUGGAUAUUUGUCGUAGUGUUCUAGAAGAAAUUAUAGGUAAUAGGAAAUCUCCUCUUGCAGUAGUCAACGAGAAGGGAUGGUCCCUUGUCACAGAUAACGAAGAGAUAACAGAGCAAUGUAGGAGGGUUAUCGAAGAUAAUCCAAAAUUAGUUAAACAGUUUAGAGAUGGGAAGGUCAAAGUGUUGCGAGCUUUAUUAGGUGUAUUGAGUAAAACGUCAGAUAAUAAACUUGACAUGUCCCUAGCGUCUAAGAAAAUGGAGGAGUUGUUAAGGAAAUAAAUGUUUAUA